AUGACCUGCGGUAAUGAUGCCAUCAAAAACAAGUUGGGACAGGCGGUGAAGGGACUAGGAGAACUCUGCCAAGCCAAGGACCUGCCAAAGCGACCAUUGGUAAUGACCUUCAUACCUAUAGCAGAGUCAGUUAAGGAAGAAGUGAUCAGAGCACGACUUGGCGGACAGAACCGGAAGCUCAAGGAAACAGACUGGAUUCUGACGUCCAAGGAGGCAGAAACAGGAGGACUGACGCUGAGGUACCCCAUAGACGAGGCGUCAUUUGGAGCUUUGCGGACCAACUUAUUCAGCGUGUUUUAUGGACUUGUGAGGUUGACCUUCAAAGUGCUUGGGGGUCUCGAUGGAGGGAAUCAAGGUCUUCCAAAUAAACCUGCAGCAGAGUAA